AUGGGAUCAAAGCCAGGAAGUCUCCGCGUCGGUCAAGAGAUCACUCCUGCACACCGCGCCGCGGUUCAUCUGCAACCACCUCCUCACGCGCGGCUCGGUCGUGCGAUAGCAAGACUCGACAGAGCUGGCCUGUCGCGAGUCGCUUGGGCAGGCGGCGCUCGCGCGGAAAUUUCGAUUCUGGAGAAUGACCAGGAGAGGUCGACACGUUCCACAUCCAGGGUGCUGACGUACGGAGGACCGCAACAACCCGAACCCUCCGAACCUUUCACUAUCAUCGACUCCCCGACACUCGCCUCCACACUCUCGUCCGUCUCGUGCUCAGCGCCGUGCUUGCUACCUAACUCGGGCGCUAACUUGGACGCUCGCGCACCCGAGAUAUACAACCACGCCGGCGGCGCUGGCGCUCUCUUGCUUCGCCAACCGCCAAUCUUUUCAUCAACUCGAGGGGUCAAAGCACUCUUACGUCUAUCUUCAUACGUCGCUACCCCGGCUCCACGCUCUCUUGAUGCGUACGACCUCACUGGUGAUAUUGGCGCUCCUCUCUUCGGGCAGCCCGAAGGCUACAGCGGUACAACGACGAGGACGACCACGAGGACGGUUGCGCUCUUUCGCGUCAACUGGGGGUCUCGAACAGCAAUACCCGACGACCGCUCGCUCUUCAUACCGACUCAAGCCUCGACGUCGGCACUAUUGACUAUCCUGUCGAGUUUGGGCGGCACGGUCUUGCGAGAUGUUCUCGAACCUUUCAUGUAUAGUCAAUCUGCGAUACUCCUCGCGAUGAGACGAAGCCAAAAGGACCAGUCUUCCUGCCAGCCUUCAGAGGGUCUGUUAUCCUCUCAUGGCCGUAUUGGCUGCACAGACCCAUAG